AUGCCGGUUGAUAAGACAGUACGGUUCGACGAGGAUCGUCCUCGAUCAUCACGCCGUAGUCGCGACUCCGCGCUUGGUUCGUCGACUGAACAGGCUCAUGUAGGGGGAAGAUCUGAUCGCCGAUUCACAGCUCAAGACCGCGAGGACCAGUCUUUGAAUGUCCACGCCCUGCAGGAGGCUUUGACUACCGCCAAUCAACAUCUGCGAGAGCAGAAGAAAAAGAACCUUGAAUUAGAACAACAACUCUCGGCUUGUCGCAAGGAGCUAAGGGAGACCAAUGCUUCCCUUCGUGAGAAGCACGAUGAGAGUACCACGCUGAGGGCCGAUAAUUCUGCACUCAGGACACAAGCCCAAGUCGAUCAAGAUACGAUGUACACCUUGCGGCAGACCAUUGCCUAUUACCAAGAGUCAGAGUCAGAGUACUUGAUGAGCGGUGGGUCUGGCGAAUCGUCCAACGGUGGCAAGACAUCCAAGCAUAAGUCUCACAGCAAACACGACGGCGAGGAUAUGAAAGAAAAGCUCAAGGACCGAAUCAACCGAAAUAAUAACGAAGCGGAGGCUUCCACCAAACACUCUCACCGCGCCUCUCAAGUCUCGCAGAAGAAGCCGACACGAGCAAGGAGCUCAAGCCGAUCCACUCGUACUCGCGAGCCCUACAUUGAGGACCCGUCAAUGGACAGAACAAGACCCCCCUCGACAAUGGCGACGAGAGGAUUCGACCACUACACAACUUCUCCAAUGACGCCCGCUCUGACCUCCAGGAUUGAUCAACCGAUGAUGUCUCCAGUUCCGAGGACUCACCAGCCCGGCGUUUCUUAUACAGUAGGCGGUUACCCGUCAAGCGGUAACUACGUCGUCACGCCGCUGCCACCCAAAGAAUCUGAUCGGGGAAGACGUCGCUAG